AUGUUAGCAAGACACUGUAUUGUACGGGUAGCUGGCCAUUUUUACGGACAUAAGUCAACUCUAGGAACGUCGCAACGAUCGUCCACGCGAGUUGUUCGAGGGCCGGGGGGGGCUGCGGCUGUUCGAAGAGAAGAUGUGUUGAUUGCAUGUCCAGACAAUAACGUGACGGAGUAUAUAUUUGAGAAAAUCGGAGUUGACUUGCACCGCCGUCCAGAGCACCCACUCGGUAUCUUGAAGAAUGCUAUCAUGGACUAUUUUGAUGAAACGUAUGGGAAAAACGCGUUUCGAAUGUUCGAUGAUUUGCAUCCUAUUGUGUCGUCGUACGAAAACUUCGAUUCAGUUUUGGUACCGGAAGAUCACGUAUCAAGGUCAAAAAAUGACACAUACUAUGUUACAGCAGAUACUGUUUUGCGCUGCCACACGUCGGCCCAUCAACUCAGUCUGUUGAAGCAGGGUGAGAAGCGCUUCCUGGUGACCGGUGAUGUCUACAGACGAGAUUCGAUCGACGCGACGCAUUUCCCUGUCUUUCAUCAGAUGGAAGGAGUUCGAGUGUUCACUCAAGAUGAAAUCGCUGGCAGCGAACUCACGGGCGAGGAACUUGCAAGUCAGGAAUUAAAAAAUAUGCUAGAGGGUCUUGCGCGUCAUCUAUUUGGAGAAGUUGAAAUGCGUUGGGUAGAUGCUUACUUUCCAUUCACUAAUCCCUCGUACGAACUUGAAAUUUACUUCAAUGGUGAGUGGUUGGAAGUUUUGGGGUGCGGUGUGAUGGAAACUAAAAUUCUGAACGAAGCAUCCCUAGUAAAUGAGCGCGCGUGGGCAUUUGGUUUAGGACUUGAACGUCUUGCUAUGGUUUUAUUCGACAUCCCUGACAUCCGACUGUUCUGGACUGAUGAUGCACGGUUCUUGAAACAGUUCAAGCCCGGGAUGUUCCGAAGUGGAGGCGUCGGGAUGCAAAAAUUCAAAAGUUAUUCAAAAUACCCCCCUUGCUACAAAGACGUUUCUUUCUGGUUACCCGACGAAUCGACAUUCACUGAAAACAACCUGUGUGAAAUCGUGCGUGCAACUGCCGGCGAUAUAGUUGAGGAAGUGAAACUGAUAGAUGAGUUCCGCAAUCCCAAAACAGACAAGGUUUCGAACUGUUUUAGAAUUUCUUAUCGCUCCAUGGAUCGAUCCCUUACCGAUGAUGAAAUUAACGAAUUGCAGGAAACCGUGCGCGAAUCUCUCGUUGAAAAACUUGGUGUGACUCUUCGAUAG